AUAGUAAGAGAGGGAGAGAGAGAGAGAGAGUAAAGGAAAGAGACAGAGAAGAAAACAGAGAGACAGAGAGGAAGAGAGAAGGAAACCCUGAUGUUGUUUCCUCGACAAAACGGUUAAACAAGUCAAUGUGUGCUCGUCUUUAUUUUUUUCCCAUCGCGAUUUUAUCUAACAACCAUAACAAAAUAAUAACAAAAAAGGGGCUAAUGUGAUUAAUACAUCGACCAUUGUGAAAAUAACGAAACGAAAUCCACAUUUCAUAUAUAUACAACCACAAAUAAUAAUAACAACAAAUUGCUGCAUGGGGAAAACAAGAUGACGACGUUAAAUCAAGCUGCGGUUGAGGCAUUAUGUUCGGCAACCUAUCUUCAAAAUUAUUUAGAUAUUAUGGACAAUUUACCUGAUGAUCUACAACGAAAAGUCACACAAUUGCGCGAGUUAGAUUCGCAAUGUAAAGAAAUUAUGCAAGAUAUUAAUCGCCAUCAUUUGUGUAUGUAUGAAGCUGAUGGCCCUGCAAAGCGGAAGUCCUUCAUUAUAUUCCAACGUGCAUUGUUAAGGUUCCAAGAAAUAGGGGAUGAAAAGCUAAAUAUGAUGACCCUUAUUAUCGAUCUAAUUGAGAACCGGUCCCGGCAGCUGGAACAAGACCGAGAAAACCUAGAUCCUUCUUUAGGGAAAGACAAUGACAAAGAAGAUUUGGCCAGUGCCAAAGUCAAACAGGAAAAUGACAGAAAUGAGAAAGCAGGCAGCAAAAGACAGCGCCGACAGAAGACACAUGAUAUUAGUAAAGAUGAAGAAAAGAAGGAGGAGAAAGACAGAGUGCCAAGAAAGAAGAAGAAGAGGAAAACUAAGAAAGAAAAGGAAAGUGAGAAAUCUCCAAUUGAUCCGCCUAUUGAUCCCGAUGAGCCAACAUACUGUGAAUGUAACCAGGUGUCGUACGGAGAGAUGAUCGGCUGUGAUAACGACUUGUGUCCUAUAGAGUGGUUUCACUUCAGCUGUGUAAACUUAACUUCCAAACCAAAAGGGAAGUGGUACUGUCCAAAAUGUCGUGGUGACAAGAGCAAUGUGAAACGACAGGACAAGUAGCUCUCAAUCUGUCUUUUUCCUGAACAACUCAUCUCAUCUCAUCCCUCAUGUGUGCUUGUGUGUGUGUGUGUAUGUGUGUGUGUGUGUGUGCAUGUGUGUCUGUCUCUGUGCCAUGUAUGUUUCAGUUUUAUAUACCAUGGUGCAGUUACUCUCAACCAUUACAUUCAACAAGAACGACAGCAACAUCAGUAAUAACAAUAAAAAAAAAAAAUGAAAGAAACAAAUAUCUUGUUCAGUAAGACACUUCUCACAUUCAACAAUUUGUUAGGAAAAUAUUAGUAUUAUUAUUAUUAUUAUUAUUAUUCUAACUCUUUGUUUAGCAGUCCUUCACCACCACCCCUGCCCACUUCCUGUCUGUUUCUCUAAGUGUAGUGUGUGUGUCUGUGUUCUAUUAGGACAUGACAACAUAUUGCUGUCAUGGUAACUUAGUUUUUCUUUACCCCUUCCACCCCAUGUCUAGUGUAAUGUGACUAAACAAGACCAAAAAAAAAAAGGAAGAAAAAUGAUAGUCUGUUGGUUGUUGAGUGAGUAACUGAAAGUGAAGCUAAGAUGGACAUAUAUAUACAUGAAAAACAUCAAUCAGUUUGGUUGUGGAUUGUAGCACUGGCAAUUUAUUGUAACCUAUAUCAUUAGUAUUAUUAUUGUUAUUAUUAGGCAUUGAACGAGCAGAAUCGUUAGCACGUCAGACAAAAUGUUUAGUGGCAUUUCAUCCAUCUUCACAUUCUGAGUUCAAAUUCCACUGGGGUCAACUUUGCCUGCCAUCCUUUUGGGAUUGAUAAAUUAAGUACCAGUGAAACACGGGUUGAUGUAAUCGUCUAGUCCCCUCCCCGCAAUUUUCAGGCUUUGUGCCUAUAGUAGAAAAGAUUAUUAUUAUUAUUAUUAGGCAGUGAAUGAGCAGAAUUGUUAGUAUGUCAGACAAAAUGCUUAGUGGCAUUUCGUCCAUCUUUACAUUCUAAGUUCAAAUUCUGCUGACUUACACUGCCUUUCAUCCUUCAGGGUUGAUGAAAUAAAGUACCAGUCAAGUACUGGGGUCAACAUAAUUCACUGCCCCGUCCCACUCAAAAUUGCUGGCCUUGUGUCAAAAUUUGAAGCAAUUAUUAUUAUCAUUAUUAAUUUUAUUAUUAUCAUUAUUAUUAUUAUUAUUAUUAUUAUUAUUAUUAUUAUUAUUAUUAAGGUGGCAAGCUGGCAGAAUCGUUAGCAUGCUGGGCGAAAUACUUAGCAGCAUUUUGUCUGCCGCUAUGUUCUGAGUUCAAAUUCCGCCAAGGUCGACUUUGCCUUUCAUCCUUUCAGGGUCGAUAAAUUUUGGGCCUUGUGCCUAUAAUAGAAAGGAUUAUUAAUAUUAUUAUUUUUAUUAGAUGAAUUGGCGGAACUUUUAGCACAUCAAACGAAAUGCUGAGUGACAUUUCGUCUGUCUACAUUCUGAGUUCAGAUUCCACUGAGGUUGACUGUGCCUUUCGUUCUUUUAAGAUUGAUAAAAUAAGUACCAGUUGAACUCUGGGGUUGAUGUAAUUGACUUAUCCACUCCCUGAAAAAUUUCAAGCCUUCUGCCUAUAGUAGAAAGGAUUAUUAUUAUUAACACUCUGGGAAAAAUGCUUAGUGGUAUUUCGUCUGUCGUUACGUUCUGAGUUCAAAUUCUGCCAGGGUCGACUUUGCCUUUCAUCCUUUCAGGGUUGAUUAAGUAAGUACCAAUUAUGCACUGGGGUCAAUGUAAUCGACUUAAUCCCUUCCUCCAAAUUUGAGGCCUUGUGCUUCCAGUAGAAAGGAUUAUUAUUAUUAUUAUUAUUAUUAUUAUUAUUAUUAUUAUUAUUAUUAUUGUGAGACAGCGAGCUGGCAAAAAUUUAUGUCAGAUGAAAUGCUUAGUGACAUUUCAUUGGCCUUUAUAUUCUAAGUUCAAAUUCUGCCAAAAUCAACAUUGCCUUUCAUCCUUUCGGGGUCGAUAAAAUAAGUACCAGUUGAGCACUGGGGUCAAUGUGAUCACCUUUCCCCUUCCCCCGAAAUUGCUGGCCUUGUGCCAAGAUUUGAAGCCAUUAUUAUGAUUAUUAUUUUGAGAGAGAGAGAGAGAUAAAUGAAACACUUAGCAUUGUGUAAAUAUUUUGAUAUGGUUUCAUGCACCUUUCCUUGAUGAAAGGAAGAAUAAAUGUCAUGCUAUAAAUAUGGUUUUUCAUUCACAAAAAUGACAAUUCUUCAUCCUACCACAACCACAAAGAAAAAAAUGUAUUCAUAUAAAAUGAUUUAAAGCAAAAGCGGAAAAAAAAAUGUACUCACAAACCAUUCUCUGAUAUUUUGCCAGAGACUACAUCAAUCUAAAACUUUCAUCAAGUAAACAUUUUUUCCUCUUCAUUCCUGUCAUUUCAUUAAAUUAAUCAUUAUAUCUUAAAAAUAUCAAUUUAGAAAAGUA